AUGAGGAAACAUCGAGCAAGGCAGGCAGCGGAGACAUGGUUGUUGAAGUAUAAGAAGGAGGUUGUUGAGGCGUUGUCGGAAGGUUUAGGUUUGAGAGAGGCGGCGCGUUGGUUUUCUAAUUUGACUCCUUUUCCGGUGAAUAGGUUCAUGGCAAAAUUGAUGCCACCCAUUGAAGGGUAUAUUCAGAAGAUCAAUGAAGCGGCCAAGAGACAGAGCUCACUUAAGGGGAAUGAGGUUAGUAUGAAGGAAGAACUGUUGGCUUUCUUUCUACAGUUUUGUCCAUUCAUCAUCAACUCAACUCUGCAGUUUUGUCCAUUCAUCAACUCAACUCAACUAGUUUACAUUAGAUAG